GUAAUGUUUGUUUGAAUAUGGCGUCGUCAAAUGUUGAAUACUACCAACGUCAGAAAGAAUUGCAAAAUGUCAUCCAUGAACACGAAAGCAGGAGGGCAAAUCUUGAACAACAACUGAAAGUUCUAGCAAAGACAGACAAUCGCCUGGCAAAGUUGAGAGCUGCAAAAUUGAAGAGUUACUGGAAAAAAAUUUGUGAUGACCAGAAGCGAGCUCAGGAAAGAAAUGACCGCAUUGUUCAGGAGUUUGAAAGGAUUGACACUUUCCUUGCAGCAUCAACUGCAAGAACAGAGAAACUCCGACUACUCAAGAGACAGUAUGAGGAAUACAUAGAGAAAACCUACCCACUAUGGAUGGAACAGGUGCUUCAUCAUAGACAGCAGACUCAGCACUCCCCGACUCAUCGUGGACCUACACAACAGUACCAACAGGGACAACAGGGCUUCCCUCAUCACCAGUCCAUCAAUGCUGACUAUCAUGAAUCUCCUCCUCAAUCACACCCAGUUGUCGAGGGUAGGAUGGGACAACCUCCCACUGAGCCUCCUCGUGGGUACGCAGAUGUGUCUACCCCAGCCAAAAACACUUAUGAGCGGAGGAAUGAGGGGCCAGAGGAGAGGGAUUCAUACGGUCAUGUACUGACAUCUACACCAUUUAGAGGAGAUGGUCAAAAUACUGAAAAGCCAAAAUCCUCCUCCAUUUAUGCCAACAUAUCACAAGUAAUGCGAGAACCCACUGAUCAGGAGACAGUCCAACAUCAGAGCCAGCCCAGGGCUGCUCAACAACAGGCCUCACAUGUCCCUGCUGAAAGGGAGACAACUGUCCACCAACACCAGCUUUCUGACCAGGUAGCUGAUGUUAGCAUUAGUGAUGAUAUUGUGGAGGAAAUGAUACAGCAUCCCCAGCCUAUACAAAGUGUCCGGAUAGGUCAACAAGUACACAAACCACUGCCAGAAUCUCCAGAUGUAUCCCAGUCCCUGUCCGGACCAAUGGAGCCAAACCCAGGUGAUGAAGGCGGUGAUGAUGAAGUUAGUGAUUUUGGUGAUGAUGAUUUACCUUUAAGUACAAGUCAGACAGGACCAGAACUGCCUAAAAAGAUGGUCAGCCAGGACCAGGUGUCUCCUCCCAGUUCUCCCGACGCCACGCCUCGAGAUCCUCCAAUACAAACUGCUGUAACACAAGGAGACAACAGCUCUAGUCCUGGUACUCCAUCUCCUGAUAUGAAUUUAGAUGGACUGGUGCGACUGAUCAUUCAUGUACAGUCUGACUUUCCUGAUGCUUUAUCUCUCGAGGGGUACUAUCGAUCUCACCGUCCUUCAGCCUCAGACCGACAGGAUAUCAUGCAUAAAGCCAACAAGGGGAUCCCACUGUAUGACCAAGAUGCAGAGAAGAUAAGUAUGGUGCUGUUGGAACAGCUCCCUCUGGUGGUGAGGAAUGUAUCACCCAAGGGACUCCUACCGGACACCGUCCUUGCUGGCAAUGUAGAUAGCAUCACAGAAAUAAAGAUCAGAAUGGCUUUACCAGAAGCUGCCCAGCCCCUGUGGGACUGUUUGUUUGAUCAUCUUGCCCAGCUGGUGCGUAACAAAGUGAUGGUAACUAAGGAAGUGGCCGCUGUGUUUGUUCCGAGUAUGGUGGCUGACUACUCUCCAUACCAGGACAAGGCAUAUAAUCUGUUGAUCCGCCUCCUUGAGAAGUUUGAUGAGGACAGACAGGUAGAGGGUGAGGCCAUGACUCCCCGAGACACCAUGGACAGUAUGAGGAGCAGUCUGGGUGGAGUUGUAAUUGGUCCUGAGGGCAAAAUCCAAGUCCCACCACUCAAGUUCGGCAGUUUAGUGGAUAAACAAUUCGGUAGCGAUGAUGAGUCGACCACCAUGUUGACCCCGAGCGUCCCCACAGAUGCCCCUAAGGUACCCCUCAAUGAAACAGCAGCCUACCGGAACAUGCUAUCUGGGACCAUGUCAUCACAAAACAGACAACAUGUCCAUGUUGAUGAUGAGGAUACCGAUGAUGAUGUGGAAAAACAGUUUGCAUCAGCCCUGUCUCCUCGAGACCCUCCCAGCACUAUUCCACCUCCAAAACGUUUUGCUAACUCUAGUGACUCCAAACCUGACAAUCAGGCGGAGCCUCUUUCUGAUCUGAGCACUCCUACUCAGCCAAGCCCAGUGUAUGUUCCUACUGCGGUGCAGAAACAGAGUGUGAAGUCAGCUUUGGGUUCCACAGCCGGUUCAUCCAAGUCUUACAGGAAAGUUGGUAUUCAAUUCAGCUCUGACCUAGAUACUGACACAGAACCGGAGAUACCAAUGGGCAGGAAGAAUGAGGACGAAAAGGACGACUUCUAUGAGUUCUAUGAAUAGCAGUCGUUACUACAAACUACAGAUAAUUAGAUAUGUAAUAGUAUUAAUAGAUGUUUAUGCUCAUCUGCUCUCACUGCAGUAAUGUAUAAACAUGUCUACAGAUGUAAACAUAUGUAAAAAUUUAUUUAUUGUUCCAUAAUAUAUGUUACUUACUAAGAGCCAGAUAGUACAUUACCAUGUGUAAAUACUCCUGCAAAUCUUCUAACCUGCCAUAUGAUUAUGUGUUUUUCUGUGAUAUUUAAAAUAAGCAAAUAUAUUUAAGAAGUUAAAUAAAUGUAAGCAUUGGA